GCCAUUCCCAUCCACCACCACUCAGCCGAACAUUCUCACUGUGACCAGCGCGCGCGUCGUGCUCGCCGGACACGCAGAGUUGAAGAUGGCCGCGUCGGCGCUCCACCAGACCACCAGCUUCCUCGGGCAGGCCCUGGUCUCCCGCCCCGCCGGCGGCGCCGAUGCCGGCGGCCGCAUCACCAUGCGCCGCACCGUCAAGAGCGCUCCCCAGAGCAUCUGGUACGGCCCUGACCGCCCCAAGUACCUCGGCCCGUUCUCCGAGCAGACGCCGUCGUACCUGACCGGCGAGUUCCCCGGCGACUACGGGUGGGACACCGCGGGGCUCUCCGCCGACCCGGAGACGUUCGCGCGCAACCGCGAGCUGGAGGUGAUCCACUCCCGGUGGGCGAUGCUGGGCGCGCUGGGGUGCGUGUUCCCGGAGAUCCUGGCCAAGAACGGCGUCAAGUUCGGCGAGGCCGUGUGGUUCAAGGCCGGCGCGCAGAUCUUCUCGGAGGGCGGGCUGGACUACCUGGGGAACCCUAACCUGGUGCACGCGCAGAGCAUCCUGGCCAUCUGGGCGUGCCAGGUGGUGCUCAUGGGCUUCGUGGAGGGCUACCGCGUCGGCGGCGGGCCGCUCGGCGAGGGGCUCGACAAGGUGUACCCCGGCGGCGCCUUCGACCCGCUGGGCCUCGCCGACGACCCGGACACCGCCGCGGAGCUCAAGGUGAAGGAGCUCAAGAACGGCCGCCUCGCCAUGUUCUCCAUGUUCGGGUUCUUCGUGCAGGCCAUCGUCACCGGCAAGGGCCCCAUCGAGAACCUCUUCGACCACGUCGCCGACCCCGUCGCCAACAACGCCUGGGCCUACGCCACCAACUUCGUCCCCGGCAACUGAAUGCGCUCCGCUCCGCUCUGCUUGUCGAGUGCAGUAGGCGUGUAGUAGUUGCACGCGCCGGCGUAUGCUCUGUGUGCUCGUCAGAUUCAGAUCAGAUCAGAUCAGCAGCUGCCUCUGCCUGCACGUGAUGUAAAAUUGUAAACUACGCACAGAGAUGCGGCAUGUGUCAGAUCAAUGGUGUCCGUGUACCAUUCAUACUUGGGUCCAACGAUGUCCUUGUGCACUUCAGAUCA